GGAAGAAUUGACAGCAAUCAUUGCUCAAGAACUACAUAUAGAUGUUGCUUUUCCUUGUUUUUCUGUUAAAGAACAGUAUGGCUCUACUGCUUGCUGUGUGGUCCAUAAACAUUGGUUUACUGCCCUAAGGAAAUCAAAGAUCGGUGAAAUCACAAAAAUCAACAAGCACGCCGCUACUCGCUCUCCCUUAAAUAACAUUUCGGAGCAAACUAACGAUCAUCAAUCUUCGACGACCAAUGUACUAGUCACUGUGUAUUUGAAGCAAGGGUUAUCAGACCCCAAACUUAG